AUGAAAUUAUUGAUAUUAUUAAUAGUGUUAUCAAGCAUUUUUUGCCGAGAACAUAGACCGAUGGCAGGAGGUAAAUUCAAGCCAGAUUCAAAUGAUCAAGGAUUGGGAUAGGCAAUAGCAUUUGCAAAACAAAAUUUUCAAACAUCUUGUGGGGGGACUUCUGGAUAUUCAUGGGAUAAGGUAUUGAAUGUGGAAUAGCAGAUUGUGAAUGGAAGCAAUUAUUAUAUUUCAGCUUAGUUGAAAAAUGGGGAUAAAACAAAGAAUGUUAAAAUUGUAGUUUAUAUGCCUGCUUCACCACCAGGCAUAAGAAUAACUUCAUGCUCAGUAUUUUGA